CCUCUCCACUAUUUCUGUUCAGACCAUCAAUUUCGUGUCGUUCUCCGUCUCCUUUUCUUUUAUUCAUACUAAGAACCCAUUUUGCAUACCGCAAUGUCCGUCAAGCCCGUCGAUCCUUGGAACACCUGCCUCAACACCACCCUCGAACAAGAGGACAAGGAAAUCUUUGACAUUGUUGAAAACGAAAAGUUGAGACAAUGGUCUGGUUUGGAACUCAUUGCUUCUGAGAACUUCACCUCGCAAGCCGUCAUUGAAGCCAACGGUACUGCUCUUACAAACAAGUACUCUGAAGGUCUUCCCGGUGCCCGUUACUAUGGUGGUAACGAGUUCAUUGAUGAGCUCGAAGUUCUCUGCCGCAAGCGUGCCUUGGCCGCCUUCGGCUUGAACCCUGAGCAAUGGGGUGUCAACGUGCAGCCCUACUCCGGCUCCACUGCCAACUUUGCUGCCUUGACUGCCUUGAUCCAGCCCCAGGACCGCUUGAUGGGUUUGGACUUGCCCUCCGGUGGCCAUUUGACCCACGGUUACCAGACUAACAAGAAGAAGAUCUCCUCCUCGUCCAUCUACUUCCAGUCGAUGCCCUACCAGGUCGACCCCACCACUGGCUACAUUGACUACAAGCGUCUUGAGGAAAAUGCUGCUCUCUUCCGCCCCAAGCUCCUCAUCUGCGGUGCUUCUGCCUACCCCCGUGAGUUCGAAUACGACACUAUGCGCCGUAUUGCUGAUCAGCACGGUGCUUACUUGAUGUGCGACAUGGCCCACAUUUCCGGUUUGAUCGCUGGUAAGCAGGCCAUCUCUCCCUUCGACUUCUGUGAUGUUGUCACCACCACCACCCACAAGACUCUCCGUGGUCCCCGUGCUGGUUUGAUCUUCUUCCGUCGCGAUAAGGGUGAUGAUCUCGAGAACCGCGUCAACCAGGCCGUCUUCCCUUCGUGCCAAGGUGGUCCCCACAACAACACCAUUGCUGCUGUUGCCGUUGCUCUCAAGCAGGCCGGUUCGCCCGAGUUCCAGCAGUACGCCAAGCAGGUCAUUGCCAACGCCAACAAGCUCGCUGAAGUCUUGGUCGGCCACGGUUACAAGCUUGCCAGCGGUGGUACCUCCAACCACUUGGUCCUCUGGGAUCUCAAGCCCCAAAAGUUGACUGGUUCCAAGGUCGAGCGUAUCUGCGACAUGGUCCACAUCACCAUCAACAAGAACUCCAUUGCUGGUGACAAGUCCGCUGUUACCCCCGGUGGUGUCCGCUUGGGUGCUAACGCUCUCACUUCGCGUUCCAUGAAGGAGGAAGACAUGGUCAAGGUUGGUGACUACUUGCACCGCACCGUCCAGAUUGCCCUCAAGGUCCAGGAACAGGCCGGCUCCAAGUUGAUGAAGGACUUUGUUGCCGCCUGUGACGGUAACGAGGAAAUUGCCCAACUCAAGAAGGAGGUUGUUGAGUUUGCUCGCGGCUACCCCAUGCCCGGUUUCGACGCCACCGCCAUCAAGGCCACCGUAACCAUCUAAAAAAAGCUGAAAGAACAAGACACACUAUGAAAACCCAUUUAUCCAUCCCCUGAAAAUAUUAAAUCUGUACCCGCUGUCUAUUUUUUUCUUUCAUUCCGUCCAUUCCACUUACUUUCCCCUUUCCAUUGCAUUUCCUUUUAUUAGCCAAGUUCAACACGGCAUCUCGCUGCUACAUCUGCUUCAUUGUAUAAAGUUUUUCAACAUAAUUUUUGUAUAAAAUUUAUAAACCUGCUUUUUAUUCCUUUUUCCGUACCAAAUAUAAAACAAAUUCAAAAGAAAGAUGAUUCCAUAAUUAUUGGGGCCGUGCUACCUAGACAU